AGUUCAUAUAUUGUCUUUGUAUUAUUUAUGUUUCAAUGAGCAAGAUUUAACAAUGGACGCUGAAGUGCCGAUAUUAUCCGGAUAUUUAAAUGUGCCAACACAAUCGGGAUUUCCUCUACAUAGAAUUUCUAAAAAAUUCCGAAGAUAUUGACUUUAAAAUCAAACUCCGGCUAUUUCCAAAAGUUAUAAAGCUUACAAAAACUAUGGAUCGCGUAGCCGGUGUUGGACAUACCUCAGAGGAGAAAAUCUCAAGCCCUGGCCGAAGGCCUGCUACUUACAAAGGUUAUAAAGUUUAGAAAAUCUAUGGAUCGCAUAGUUGGUGAUGGACCUACUUAAGAGGAAGAAAAACUAAAAAACCGGCCGGAGCUACUCAGAAAAGCUAAAAAGAAAUCGUGCCAGAAAUAUUGUUUGCUCUUCAAAUCAAGUCGAUACGGAAUUGAGCGACUAGAAAUAUGCGAGACAAAGGAUGACAAAUAUCCAAAAAUUAUUACUUUGGAAAACUGUGUUAAAAUAACUCAAGAACCACCUCCAGCAAACCUUAUUUGCAUUGUAAAAAAAAAUGAGACAUUGACCCUUAAUGCCAUCAAUGAGGAAUGUCUAAUGGAAUGGGUUAAUGCCCUGCAAAAUGUUGCAUUUCGUAACAAAAAUGAAAAUACUCAAAAUUUAUCUGCCAUCGAAGAGGAUAAUGAUUUGUAUUGCAGCUCCUACGAAGAUGGACUCUUUAUUGUAUCUCUCAUUCCAACAGAAGCUUCAAACCGUUGUAACAUCGAUCCCAAAUGUUAUAUGCUACAUUUAACGGCAACUGAGCUGCAAUUAAAGUCAAUUAGUGGUUCCAAAAAUGUAAUAUCUAAUUGGCCGUAUCGGUUUAUUCGCAAAUAUGGAUAUCGGGACGGAAAAUUUACAUUUGAAGCUGGUAGAAAGUGUUCAACUGGUGAGGGUAUAUUUAUUUUGGAUCAUACAAGCCCUCAAGACGUUUUUCGUUGCAUGUCGUCCAAAAUGAAAAGUAUGAAAAAACUAAUAUCUGGUGAUGUUAUUAAUAUUGAUAGUUGCGAAAAUCAACUUACUGCGGCUGCAUCAAUGGAAGCUGGUUCACGUAGCCCUUUACCACCUUCGUAUUCCACACAACGUUCUUCCGAACUAGAGAACAAUUCGAGUCAAAUACCUAAAGGGUUAACCCUUGUUCCCAGUAAACCACCUCGUAGAAUUGCGCCUAUGACAGAACCACCUCUUGCCGUUGACUCUCCGUGUAUACCCUUGAAAAGCGAACAAAAGAAUACAUGCGACAACGCAAAGUAUAAGCAAUUUGAUGCUGUAACAAUAACAACAAGUGAUUCGAAUAAAGCAGUCGGAUCUACGGUCAUACUUAAACCGACAUCUCCGAACUUACCCUUCACGCCAGACCCUGCAUCAGAAGCAGUUACAUUUCGCGAAAAUUUAGCUGAACGAGAUUAUGAAUGUAUUGAAAAUAUAACCGAAGCGUGGAAAACUUUAGGUAUAAACGAAGUAAAACAUAAUGAAAAUGUACGAAUAUCGACUACCAAGACCUUUCAAGUCAUUAAUAAGGGUCGGGAAAAAGUAAUAUAUGCAAGAGACAAGGUAAAAGAAUGUUUAGCCCCAGGAUCUACGUCGAUAAUGUUUGAUAUUGAUAUAGGUGAAAGCAGCAAAAAUGUUGCAAGCAUUGUACCAACAGAUCUAACCUACGAUCGACUCGAGUUCUUGACGGCUAACAAUAGAACUUCCAGCGGAUACAAGACUAUAGUGCCAGUUACAUCCAUUGCAAACCAGUGCAUGUCGACAAAAUCAUUGCAAAAUGAAUAUGAGCUGAUAAGUGUGCCAGACACAGAUUCAUGCCGCAAAGCCGAUGACACACAUUUAGGAUAUGGCGUUCUUCGUAAAUCCAAGAACUUGUUGUUUUCAGCCACUGCAAAUUCAAUGUGUAACAAUACUCGUUCAACGGACAUGGAAUCUGGAAUUAAGGAAGGUAGUAGCAUCCAAUGCGACAUAAACGGCAUAAAUUAUGAACAAGUUAGAAACCCCAAACGAGUAUAAAACAAGUCACCCAUUUAAACACUUAUAUAUCAAUCUGUGAUUAUUAUAUUUGAAUUAGUAAUAAAUUUUUAUAUUGUCGUUAAACAUUGCGAUCAAAUGUGACUAUACAUAUAUUAUUUCAAAGAUGAAUAUGUAAAAGAUGUAAUUGUGUAUAACAAUCUUACCUAAAACAAGAAGCACCGUUUUGAAAAUGCUCACCUUUCCUACUAUGGUCAAAUGUUUAGUGCGGACGUAUUACCCAAUUACGAAAGGUCUUCGACAACAAAAUAAAUUACAACAAUAUAUUAAAAACUAAA